CUGGUGAAGACAAGGAACCGCUCUGUGAUGAUGGAGGUAGUUCCAUAUUUAUUCGAAUAAUUGUAAAGAAAUACUGGACCUAUUUAGACGUUUUUAAUUGUAUUGUUUAAAUUUUCAACGAGCUAAACAUAGAUGUUUGCGAAUCGCGAAACGGCAGUCCUUUCCCCCCAUGGAGACGCAUGUUGUGCUUUCUUAUUUUGACAUAGCAUUAAGAUCAGGCUCUGGUAGUAGCUAACGUUAGCCAAAUUACCCUGCUGGGAAAGCUAGACGAUCCAAAGCUGAUUGUGGAAAGACGGCUGGCCUAGUAACGUAAAGUCGCCAACAAACUACCAUCGAGGAGGACUUCAUGUUGUUCCAAGAGUGGAUGGCGUAGGUGAGGUGAAGUCCAACACACUGAACGGGAGACAAUGAGCACUGCCCUGGAAAUGUCUGAUACAGAACCUACCGGUUCUUCUCCUCUGAACCGUGCCUGCUUGUUGGAGGACCACGACGUGGUUGUAGAUGACAGUGAUGACGAUUGCCUGGACCUCAACGAUACUGUGCCCGAAACACCGAGUCCUCUCUGCCUCAGAAGGCAGGUGCGUCUCUAUGGCACAAAAAUGGACAUGGGGUCAACAUCAGGCUCUUCAUCCUUGAGGCGUAAGGCAGACGACACCCAGAGUACGACUCCAACCUCACACAAUAAACACAAGCGACGAAGAGUGGUAGAGGAAUCGCCCAGCUCAGAUGCGGAGAAACCCAAAGACUGUGGCCGCAAGGGAUUUGUGUCUGCCUUAGAGCUCAUGUCAACUUGUACACCCUGGCUGGAGGUCCCUCGACCUUCAACCUCAUGGUCCUCCAUGCCUGCGCCACGUGAGGAUGAGGCAGGAUGCAGUUCAAAAACAGAGUUUUCAGCAGAGGCACUUGGCAAGCGGAGAUCCAGCAGGAAGGGGGAACGGCCUCAGAAAAGGACUCCAGCCGCCUUCAGUAGCUCCUUGUCAAAAUAUGCAAAGACUGAAAGUGCUGAUCGAUCCCCUUCUCAAACUGGCCAGGCCUUCUGUGGAACUACAGCCACGGAAACCCAGUCGAGGCCCAUAGGCCCAUCACCUCAGAAGCCGGAGGAGGUAGUCAUCAUUGACGACGAGGAUGAUGAUGUGAUCGUGGAGGCCAUGGUUCGCUCUGUACAGCUGGCGGAGGAUGAAGCCUUUGCCAGAAGCCUUCAGGACCAGUUUGACCAAGAGGAACAGCAACAGCAGCAGCAACAGCAGCAGCAGGAGCAGAGGAGACAAGCUAUGCACUCAAAUGCAUAUCAUCACCAUCACCAUCAUUAUCCUUCUCACAGGCAUGAUCCGUAUGGGAGUAUGGGUUGGAUGCCGGCGUGGCACCACAUGGCUGGGUCCUCUGGCUUUGGUCAUGUCAAUCCUGUACUGGCAGAGUUACAGCAUGCCAUGUUUGCUGAACCAGCAGGCAUGCAUACAGGACGUCGCUAUAAUUCUCGUUCUGGAAGCCGCUCCCGUAGAAGAGAUCAACCUCUACCUAUGGACUUAUUUAAUGACAGCCAGGGAAAUAACUACGAGGCUCUCUUGGCGUUUGAGGAAGGCCAGGGUGCUGUUGCACCGAAAAACAUCUUGUCCAAGAGAGAGAUCGAGAGAUUUCCCACAAAAGCCUACGAUCCUGCACACAGCGCUGGGAAAACUGAGUGCCAAAUCUGUUUCUGUGAAUAUUCGCAAGGGGAGCAACUGAGGAUGCUACCCUGUCUUCAUGACUAUCACGUCAAGUGUAUAGACCGCUGGCUAAAGGAGAAUGUGACCUGUCCUAUCUGCAGAGCAGACGUGUCACAGAUGUCCAAUUAAAUCGUAAUGUCAGGGAGCUGUGUCUACCUCAAAAUCUAACAGCGAUUGUGAAACAUUUGUCAAUUGAGUAAAAUUUAAGUUUGUGUUUUCUUUUUAACAAGUUGGUUGUUGGUUAUUUUAGAUUGGUUAUUUUGGUUAUUUUAGGGCUUUUUCUUGUCUUUUAUUGUUUUUAAAAUGCAUCAAGUUCAUUUCGGUAUACAGUAGUUCAAGUAAUAAAACAAAUAAUGCCCGUG